AUGAGCCAUUCAUUUUUGUCUAAUAUAUGUUUGUUUGCAACCGACUUUUUUGAGAUCAAACUUGUAAAGGAAAUUGAGCCAGCAUUGAAAAAACAACUUGUUAUUUCAACAGUACUGAUGACUGUUGGAAUUGCAAUUGUUAGUUGGAUAGCACUCCCAUCUACCUUCACCAUCUUCAAUUUUGGAGAGCAGAAAGUUGUCAAGAACUGGCAGCUAUUCUUGUGUGUUUCUGUUGGUCUUUGGGCAGGGCUUAUCAUUGGAUUUGUUACUGAAUACUAUACCAGCAAUGCAUACAGCCCUGUGCAAGAUGUUGCUGAUUCCUGCAGGACUGGUGCUGCUACCAAUGUUAUCUUUGGUCUUGCCUUGGGAUACAAGUCUGUUAUCAUUCCAAUUUUUGCCAUUGCAAUUAGUAUUUUUGUAAGUUUCAGUUUUGCUGCUAUGUAUGGUGUUGCUAUUGAUGCACUUGGAAUGUUGAGUACUAUAGCAACCGGAUUAGCCAUCGAUGCAUAUGGUCCAAUCAGUGACAAUGCCGGAGGUAUUGCUGAGAUGGCUGGAAUGAGUCACAGAAUUCGUGAGAGAACCGAUGCUCUUGAUGCUGCAGGAAACACAACUGCUGCCAUUGGAAAGGGGUUUGCUAUUGGUUCUGCCGCCCUUGUGUCUUUGGCCCUUUUUGGUGCCUUUGUGAGCCGUGCUGGUGUUACAACCGUCGAUGUCCUGACUCCCAAGGUUUUCAUCGGUCUGAUUGUGGGCGCCAUGCUCCCUUACUGGUUUUCUGCCAUGACCAUGAAGAGUGUCGGAAGUGCAGCAUUGAAGAUGGUUGAGGAAGUUCGCAGGCAAUUCAACACGAUUCCUGGAUUGAUGGAGGGAACUGCGAAACCUGACUAUGCCACAUGUGUGACAAUCUCCACCGACGCUUCCAUCAAAGAAAUGAUCCCACCUGGUGCCCUUGUUAUGCUAACACCCCUUAUUGUUGGGAUCUUUUUUGGUGUUGAAACACUUUCUGGUGUCCUUGCCGGAUCAUUAGUUUCUGGUGUACAGGUAAUUAAUGUUUGGUACCCACUGUCUGCUGCUUGUAAUACAAUCAAUAUUAAUUCAUGAUGCAAUGUGGUUGUU